AUGAUGCGGUUGCUCGCGGAGCUGGGGGAAGAGAACAGCGCGUGCGGUGGGCCGCGAAGGGGAACAGGCGGGGGGAGAGGGGAGAGGGCCGUAGGCGCGGCGGGGCCGCGGGCGCUUACCAUUUCCGCGGCACGUACAGGUCCACGAACUCGCCGGCGUCGUUCUGCAUGUCGAGACCGUGCCUGCAGAGCCAUCGCGCGCGCCAUGAGGUCGGCCAGGCCCGCACUCGAAACUGCGGCCCCAGCAGACCCGUUCUCGAGCGCCCGGGCCAUCCGUCCGCGACCUCCCCGACCCGCCCGGCCCGGCCCGCCCCGACCCGACCCGACCCGGCUCGGCUCGCACCCACGGCCCGCCGCGUGCUCUACCUGCUCUCUCGGCCAGCGAAGCGCAGAAAGGAAGUGGAGCGUCUCCGGGCAGCUCUAUUGGGCGGGAGGGGCGGUGCGUCUGGUGAAUGCUUCCGGGUCACAAUGUUCGUAUCCACCGUCCCGGAGGCAGGCUUCGGUGUCUUUUCUUCCGCUUCCGGUGCAAAGAAGCCCCGCCUCUUCCGCACAAAGCUCAGACACUAGAGCCGGGCUCUACCUCCAACCAAGGCGGGGCUCCGCCCACGGCAUGGGAAGCUCCGCCUCAGGCUCCGCCCACGGCACGGAGCCGCCUCUCCUCUCUUCGAGCCCCGCCCCUCCGCCCGGCACCGGCCGGUUCUCCGCCUGGGAUUGCGGGGCGCGGACUCCGGCUCGGGAGUCCUGCGAGUACGCGCUCCGGACGGGAAGGACGUGGGAGGAAGCUGCGCCUGGAAAUCCGCUCCCGGGAAGCCACCGCCAGUCUCAGAGAGGAACGGCCGAGCCUGGCGGAGGGAGAGGCGGGCACGGGUGUCGGCAGUGCUGGCAAUCCAGUCGGAACUGCCGAGCCAGCGAGGCGUCGGGACGGGGAAGCCCAAUCCUUGAGGUGGCUUCAGUGAAACCCAGCCCUUACCAGACCAAGAGCACAAGCCCCAGACGCUUAGGAGAACCACCCUUGAUGCUGCUGGCUGACCACUGCAGGAAUCUGUCUGAGUCCAGGUUCAGCAGCCGUAUGCCUGUUUCCUCUCGUGUCCUCCUCCCCUUGGGCCCUCCUGUCAAGGACCAUGUGUGUUUGUUCACCCAGAUAUAAUCUACUUCUGGAAUGUCUUCUGUCUGACACCCUGAUCCACCGACACAGCUUCUUGGAAUGGUUAACUUAAAAACACACCCCCCUCUCCCUCUGCCCUUGCCCUGUCCUCCGUUGCCAUGUUUCGAAGUAGCCAAUGGGUGUGGAUUGCCAGGCCAAACCUCAGCCAGUGCCAAAGCCAAAAGCGCCUUGCGUUAGGGGUGUAGGGCCUUGCCCCCCCACCUACCCCCCCACCCGCAACUUUUGGCAGACACUUACUCUUGCAUGCAGAAAUGAAGAAGUGAAGUCUUCCUUGCUGUGACCCUUAA